UCCAUAACCCGACACUUGAAAGUCAAGAUCAUUUGCCAGCAACCAUGAAAUCUCUCAUUACCCUUGCAGCCUGUGCCACCACAGCCCUGGCCCAAGGCAUCUUCAUCAAUUCUCCCCCGGCGAAUUCCCAACUCCAAGUCGGAGAGACCAUUACGGUUCAGGUCGCGCGUGGUGACUACAUCCAAGCCAUGACGGAAAUCGGCAUCGCGAUCGGCAUCCAAUCCUGCCCCGACACCCGGCCCUGCGCCCCGCCGAACGAGUACCUCCAGGAUCUCCUCUACACGGGUCCCUUCGACCCGGAGUAUCACACGGACUUCUACGAUGAGUACCAGAAUUUCACGCUGACUGUGCCGGACGUGACUGGGCCGGCGCAGAUUGGGGUGACCCGCGCUUAUCUUGUUGGGGCGGGUUAUUUGACUGUUGUUGGGUCGGCGGCGAGUAAUUAUACGAUUGUGGCAUGAGGUGAACAUGAUCGUGGGAGGGGUGUAAGGUCUGGGUGUCUACGGAACGGGCUGCUGUAUAGAAGCACUGCAUGUGGUGUUGGUUCAGAAGAAGAAGAG